AUUUGUGUAUGCCCAGCCCUCAGAUGGCUGCUUGUUCCCUGAUGGGUGAUGUGAAACCAUGACGAAAACCACCAAAGGAGAUGACAUUGAGCUGCUUAUAAAAUUAAGUAACCAUGCAUGAAGACAACAAACGGGUAUAGGGAGGAGGGCAGUUAUGGGUGCACUUCGAGACUCAUUCUUGUUCUUGCAUGCCUAUCUGAUCUUGACUUUUUUGCUCUCUUCCUUUUUCCUGUCAGUUCAAUCCUCUCUUUUCACAACUUGUAAAUUACGGAAACAGUUUUAUCUGAAUGGGAUGCACAAGCCUGGUGAUGUGAUUUUGGGUGGGUUGUUUCAAGUCCACUACACCUCUCCUUUCUCUGAAUUGACAUUCACCUCAGAGCCAAAGCAGCUCAGCUGCCAAGGCUUUGACCCUCCAGGAUUCAGACAUGCCAUGACUAUGGCCUUUGCUAUUGAUGAGAUCAACAAAAACUCAAAUCUCCUACCUAAUGUGACUCUGGGAUACAGUCUUUAUGACAACUGUGCCACCCUUGUAAUUGGAUUCAGUGCUGCAUUGUCAUUGAGCAGCGGUCAAGAGGAGCAGUUCCUACUUCAGGAGAACUGUUUAGGGACCCCUCCAGUCCUGGGGAUUGUUGGUGAUUCCUUCUCGACAUUUUCUAUUGCCAUCUCUGAUGUAAUAGGUUUAUUCAAAUUGCCCAUUGUGAGUUAUUUUGCCACAUGCUCCUGCCUGAGUGAUCGACAAAGGUUUCCAUCCUUCUUUAGAACAAUACCAAGUGAUGCUUUCCAGGUACGUGCCAUGAUACAGAUUUUAAAACGCUUUGGCUGGACCUGGGCAGGUCUGCUGGUCAGUGAUGAUGACUAUGGACUUCAUGUUGCCCGAUCCUUUCAGUCAGACUUGGCUCAGUCAGGUGGAGGUUGUCUGGCCUACACAGAGAUUUUGCCCUGGGGUGAAAACCCAGCUGAACUAAAGAGGAUUGUGGAAGUGAUAAAGAAAUCCACAGCUCGUGUGGUCAUUGUGUUUGCCCAUCAGAUCCACAUGAUUCAACUCAUGGCAGAGGUGAUAAAGCAGAAUGUGACAGGCCUGCAGUGGAUGGCCAGUGAAGCCUGGACAGCAGCUUUUGUGCUCCAUACCCCUCAGCUCAUGCCUUACCUGGGGGGCACACUAGGAAUCGCCAUCCGUCGAGGAGAAAUACAAGGCCUUAAGGAUUUUCUACUGAGAAUACGUCCCGACCUGCAUGACGAAAAUAACAAUGGCAAUAGCAUGGUGAGGCAGUUUUGGGAAUACACAUUUCAGUGUAGAUUUGCUUCACCUCCAGCAGGUUGGGUAGAUGCUGGGGGAGCAUUGUGCACUGGACAGGAGAGUCUAGAGAGUGUGGAGACCAAGUUUUUGGAUCUUUCAAACCUCAGGCCUGAGUACAAUAUUUACAAGGCUGUGUAUGCACUGGCAUAUGCACUGGAUGACAUGCUGCGCUGUGUGCCAGGCAGAGGGCCUUUCAGAGGACACAGCUGUGCCACUCUGCAAAGUCUACAACCAUGGCAGCUGAUGCAUUACUUGGAAAAGGUCAACUUCACCACAUCAUUUGGUGAUCAAGUGACAUUUGAUGAGAAUGGUGAUGCCUUACCAAUAUAUGAUAUUAUGAACUGGCUGUGGCUUCCUGAUGGAACAACAAAACUUCAGAAUGUGGGUGAGGUUAAGGAGUCAGCCUUCAAAGGUGAAGAACUCACAAUUGAUGCAGACAAAAUCUUCUGGAACUUUGAUUCGAAACAGCCACCCCAGUCUGAGUGCAGUGAGAGCUGUCCUCCAGGUACCCGCAUGGCCAGAAAAAAGGGCCAGCCUGUGUGCUGCUUUGACUGUGUCCCUUGUUCUGAGGGAAAGAUCAGCAAUGAAACAGACUCCAUGGAGUGCACCAGUUGUCCAGAGGACUUCUGGUCCAGCCCUGAGCGUGACCACUGUGUACCCAAGAAAGCGGAGUUUCUCUCCUAUCAUGAGCCUCUUGGUAUCUGCUUGACAGCUGCCUCAUUGCUGGGAACAUUUUUCUGUGCUGUUGUCCUGGGCAUCUUUACCUACCAUCGCACGACACCCAUGGUACGAGCCAACAAUUCAGAACUGAGUUUUCUGCUCUUGGUAUCGCUUAAGUUAUGUUUCCUGUGCUCGCUCCUGUUUAUCGGUCGUCCCAGGCUGUGGACAUGCCAGCUGAGACAUGCAGCAUUUGGGAUCAGCUUUGUGCUUUGUGUCUCUUGUAUUUUGGUAAAAACCAUGGUGGUUCUGGCUGUGUUCAAGGCCUCCAAGCCAGGAGGUGGAGCCAGUCUGAAGUGGUUUGGUGCUAUGCAGCAGAGAGGGACAGUCAUGGUUCUUACUUCUAUUCAGGCAGCAAUCUGCACAGCUUGGCUUGUGUCUGCCUCACCAGUUCCUCAUAAAAACACUCAAUACCACAAUGACAAAAUAGUUUAUGAAUGUGUAGUUGGGUCUACGAUUGGUUUUGGAGUUUUACUUGGCUACAUUGGUUUACUGGCCAUCCUCAGUUUCCUGUUAGCAUUUCUGGCAAGAAAUCUCCCAGACAAUUUCAAUGAGGCCAAGCUCAUCACUUUCAGCAUGCUGAUCUUCUGUGCUGUGUGGGUGGCCUUUGUCCCUGCUUAUGUCAACUCUCCAGGCAAAUAUGCAGAUGCAGUGGAGGUAUUUGCCAUCCUGGCCUCCAGUUUUGGUAUCUUGGUAGCACUGUUUGGACCCAAAUGUUACAUAAUCCUGCUGAGACCAGAGAGGAACACAAAGAAAGCCAUCAUGGGUCGAGCCACCUCUAAGACAUAAUAGAACAAUUUUGAUUUUGCUUGUAUUCUGCAUUUCCUCAGGAGUCAAAUGCUUGUAACAGAUACAUACGAGAAGUAAAUGUCUUUUUAAUUUCAUAACUCUCUUUACAUCAAAGUAAAAAAUUAGAAUAAAAUGAGAAGAAAUAAAGCAAUUCAUGCAGAAGCAGGUCUUCAAUCAUCAUUGCCUUUUUUUACUCAUAAAUACUUUCUUAUUUACUAAAAUAUGUUCAACCAACAAAUUCUAACCAUAAGUUAAAGCCACUUUGUCGAGACCCUCAGCAUUUCACACAGUCACACAGUACAAAGUGUUUUAGUAUCUAUGUGCAAUGUGCUGAGCCUUUCCUUUAGCAUGUGAUGCACAAUAUGUUUAACAUGAAACAGCAAAUUUGGUUAGGUUUAGGAACAAAAAAACUGCUUGGUUAGGUUUAGAAGGGGAAUAUUAAAAUUUGAUUCCACACAGGACUCAAACUUCGGUCUCCUGAGAGAAGGUCCUGUGUGUGAAGGAGCAGAGUUGUUCCAAUCGACUCAUAGAGUCACUGUGAUUAGUUAAAAGCUCAGUGCAUCUCGAGGGACAUGAUAGAAUUUUGGUAUUUCACUUCCUGGG